CUCACAUCAGCACUGGUCCCUCUCUCUUUUUACCCCUCGACUGGACAGUGAGCGGACAUGUCUCACCGCAAGUUCCAUGCACCCCGGCAUGGACAUAUGGGGUUCCUGCCCCACAAACGAAGCAAGAAGCAUAGAGGAAAGGUGCGCACGUGGCCGAAAGAUGACCCCAGCAAACCCGUACACCUCACUGCCUACCUGGGAUACAAGGCUGGCAUGACCCACACGCUGAGGGAGGUGCACCGCACCGGCCUCAAAAUAGCAAAGCGAGAGGAAGUGGAGGCGGUUACCAUCAUUGAAACACCUCCAGUCAUUGUGGUGGGGGUCGUGGGAUACAUUAAAACCAUCCGUGGCUUGCGCUCCCUCAAAACCAUCUUUGCUGAGCAUAUCAGCGACGAGUGCAAACGCAGAUUCUACAAAAACUGGCACAAGAGCAAGAAGAAGGCCUUCACUAAGUACAGUAAGAAGUGGCAGGAUGAAACGGGAAAGAAACAGCUGGACAAGGAUUUCUCUCAGAUGAAGAAAUACUGCUCAGUGAUCAGGGUUAUUGUUCACUCGCAGAUGCGGUUGCUGCCAAUAGCACAGAAAAGAGCCCACAUCAUGGAGGUGCAACUGAACGGGGGAAGCAUCUCGGACAAGGUGGACUGGGCGAAGGAGCGCCUGGAGCAGCCUGUGCCCGUUUCUUCUGUCUUCUACCAGGAUGAGAUGAUUGACAUAAUUGGAGUCACUAAGGGUCACGGCUUUAAAGGUGUGACAAGCCGCUGGCACACGAAGAAACUGCCGAGGAAGACUCACAAGGGUCUGAGGAAGGUGGCCUGUAUUGGAGCCUGGCAUCCGGCCCGUGUGGCGUUCACUAUUGCUCGUGCUGGUCAGAAGGGCUACCACCACCGCACUGAGAUCAACAAGAAGAUCUACCGCAUUGGUAGGGGUGUGCACAUCCAGGAUGGAAAAGUGAUCCGGAACAAUGCCUCCACUAACUACGACAUCAGCCAGAAGACCAUUUCACCCAUGGGAGGAUUCCCUCACUAUGGUGAAGUGAAUAAUGACUUUGUCAUGGUGAAGGGCUGCGUGGUCGGCGCCAAGAAACGUGUACUCACCCUCAGAAAGUCUUUGCUCAUACACACAUCUCGCAAAUCCAAGGAAACCAUCGAGCUCAAGUUCAUCGACACCACUUCCAAAUUUGGUCACGGCCGCUUCCAGACUGCCCAGGAGAAGAGGGCAUUUAUGGGGCCACUGAAGAAGGAUGCACAUAAAUCCCUGCCAGAGCCUCUCAUCGAGGAGGUCUGAAAAAAAAAGAUCACAUCUUAAUUCUAUUACAGUAAUAAAACAGAAUUUCAAAUCCA